GCAAGGAGGAGGGGGGGCCGGGAAAUGGCGGCCUGAGCGCCGUCUUCUCCACACCUUCCUCUGUGUACCGCCGCGGCUGAAGCCAUUCUUCCCACAGUACAGGGAGGAGCUACCUCCAGGAAAUCCCUGACACGCCGGCCAGGGCUGGGCUAUCAACUCCCUCCUCCCCCUCACAAAGUUGCUGUGUGCUCAUCCCCACUUCUUCCCUCCUUGUUGUCAUUAUUAGUUCACUUCCAUUAGUAUUUGGGAUUCAGCUGCCCCCCUGCCCCGAUGACGGCGGCGGCCCGUGACUGAGCCGAGGAUCUGGGGGAGCAGGAAGCAUCAUGACUCGCUGGGUUCCCACCAAGAAAGAGGAGAAGUAUGGAGUGGCUCUUUACAACUAUUCUCCCCGAGGAGCGGAUGAGUUGUGUCUACAGAUCGGGGACACUGUGCACCUACUGGAGACUCACGAAGGGUGGUUCAGGGGUUACAUUUUGAGGAAGAAAUCUAAAAAGGGCAUAUUUCCUGCCUCCUAUAUCCAUCUUAAAGAAGCCACAGUCGACGGAAAGGGGCAACAUGAAGCCGUCGUGCCUUGUGAGAUUCCUCUUGUGCAAGAAGUCACUACAACAUUACGGGAAUGGUCCAUCAUAUGGCGGCAGCUUUACGUGCAAGACAAUCGAGAAAUGUUUAAUUGUGUACGGACCAUGAUCUGUGACCUGCUGGAGGGGAGAUCGCAGAUCCUCUCAGGAACCCUUCCACAGGAUGAACUGAAAGAACUUAAAAAGAAAAUCACCGCCAAGAUUGACUAUGGAAACAGGAUCCUUGAUUUGGACCUGGUUGUUCGAGAUGAGGAUGGUAAUAUUCUGGACCCAGAGCAGACCAGUACCAUAAACCUCUUCCAGGCUCAUGAAAUUGCAUCAAAACAGGUUGAGGAAAGAAUCCAAGAAGAAAAGUCCCAAAAGCAGAGUGACAUCAACAGACAAGCCAAGUUUGCCGCCACUCCGUCUUUUGCAUUGUUUGUCAAUUUAAAAAAUGUAGUCUGCAAGAUCGGGGAAGAUGCGGAAGUUUUAAUGUCGCUUUAUGACCCCUUGGAGUCCAAAUUCAUCAGUGAAAACUACUUGGUGCGCUGGUCAAGUUCGGGCCUGCCGAAAGACAUCGAGAGGCUGCACAAUCUGCGAGCUGUUUUCACAGAUCUUGGAAGCAAAGACCUGAAACGAGAAAAAAUAAGCUUUGUGUGUCAGAUAGUGAGGGUUGGACGGAUGGAGCUGAGAGACAACAACACAAGAAAACUAACGUCGGGGCUUAGGAGACCAUUUGGAGUCGCAGUAAUGGAUGUGACUGACAUAAUUACGGGGAAAGUUGACGACGAGGACAAACAACACUUUAUACCUUUUCAGCCGGUGGCAGGGGAGAAUGAUUUUCUUCAGACUGUUAUAAACAAAGUGAUUGCUGCCAAGGAAGUUAACCACAAAGGUCAAGGUCUGUGGGUAACAAUGAAGCUGCUGCCUGGGGACAUUCAUCAGAUUCGAAAGGAAUUUCCUCAUCUCGUGGAUAGAUCUACAGCCGUUGCACGAAAAAUGGGAUUCCCUGAGAUAAUCAUGCCAGGUGAUGUCCGCAACGAUAUCUAUGUAACACUAUUUCAGGGUGACUUCGACAGAGGCAACAAGACAACAGCUAAGAAUGUGGAGGUCACAAUGUCCGUAUUUGAUGAGGAUGGGAAGCGGCUGGAGAACGUGAUUUACCAGGGGGCUGGAGAUGAAGCUAUGUCAGAGUACAAAUCCGUAAUAUAUUAUCAAGUAAAGCAGCCCCGGUGGUUUGAAACAGUGAAGGUCGCCAUCCCCAUUGAAGAUGUGAAUCGGAGCCACUUGAGAUUCACUUUCCGUCACCGAUCUUCCCAGGAGUCUAAAGAUAAGUCCGAGAAGAUUUUUGCAGUGGCAUUCGUCAAGCUUAUGAGAUAUGAUGGAACAACACUAAGGGAUGGGGAGCAUGACCUCAUAGUUUAUAAGGCAGAAGCAAAGAAACUUGAAGAUGCGGGGACUUACCUCAGCCUUCCUGCAACUAAGAUUGAAUUGGAAGAGAAAGGUCACUCGGCCAGCGGGAAGAGCAUGCAGAAUCUGGGGAACUGCACCAUAAGCAAAGACUCUUUCCAAAUCUCCACUCUCGUCUGCUCAACUAAGCUCACACAGAAUGUUGAUUUGCUAGGGCUCUUGAAAUGGCGUUCAAAUACAAACCUACUGCAGCAGAAUUUACGGCAGCUAAUGAAUGUCGACGGAGGAGAAGUUGUUAAGUUCUUACAGGACACUUUGGAUGCGCUGUUUAACAUCAUAAUGGAAAACUCUGAGAGUGAGACGUUUGAUAUAUUAGUCUUUGAUGCCUUGGUAUUCAUUAUUGGUCUGAUUGCAGAUCGGAAGUUUCAGCAUUUCAACCCAGUCCUGGAAACUUACAUAAAGAAGCACUUCAGUGCAACCCUGGCUUACACGAAACUGACCAAGGUGUUAAAGAACUACGUGGAGAAUGCAGAUAAACCUGGUAUAACAGACCAAGUAUACAAAGUCAUGAAAGCCUUGGAAUACAUUUUCAAGUUCAUCGUCCGCUCUAGAAUUUUAUUUAUCCAAUUGUAUGAAAACAAGGGAGAAGCGGAGUUUAUGGAGUCCUUACUGCAGCUCUUUAAGUCCAUCAAUGAGAUGACCAGCAGUCAGACUGACCAGACAGUCAUAGUCAAGGGGGCUGCACUGAAAUACUUACCAACCAUUGUGAAUGAUGUAAAACUUGUAUUUGAUCCAAAGGAGUUGAGCAAACUGUUUACUGACUUCAUUGUGAAUGUUCCAAGAGAUCGCCUCGUGCGACAGAAGCUCUACUGCCUUAUUGAGAUAGUACACAGCGACCUUUUCAGUCAGCUCGAGUGCAGGGAAAUCUUACUGCCAAUGAUGACUGAUCAGCUGAAGUAUCACCUGGAGAGACAGGAGGAACUGGAGGCUUGUUGUCAACUGCUCAGCAACAUCCUGGAGGUUCUUUACAGGAAAGACGUGGGUCCAACACAGCGACAUAUUCAAAUAAUAAUGGAAAAACUUCUGAGAACCGUAAACAGGACGGUUAUAUCCAUGGGACGGGAUUCUGAGCUCACCGGAAAUUUUGUUGCCUCCAUGACGGCUAUUUUAAGGCAAAUGGAAGAUUACCACUAUGGUCACCUUAUAAAGACCCUUGGAAAGAUGAGGACGGAUGUUGUGGACUUUCUUAUGGAAACCUUCAUCAUGUUUAAAAACCUGAUUGGCAAGAACGUCUAUCCUUCCGACUGGGUUAUAAUGAACAUGAUGCAAAACAAGGUAUUCUUGCGGGCUAUUAAUCAGUAUGCGGACAUGCUGAACAAAAAGUUUUUGGAUCAAGCAAACUUUGAGCUUCAGCUGUGGAACAACUAUUUUCACCUGUCCGUUGCUUUCUCAACUCAAGAAUCGCUACAAUUGGAAAAUUUCUCAAGCGCCAAAAGAACAAAAAUCCUGAACAAGUAUGGUGAUAUGAGAAGACAGAUCGGCUUUGAAAUCAGGGACAUGUGGUAUAAUUUGGGUCAACACAAAAUCAAGUUUAUUCCUGAAAUGGUCGGGCCCAUGCUGGAGAUGACGCUGAUCCCUGAGACAGAGCUACGGAAAGCCACCAUCCCGAUUUUCUUUGACAUGAUGCAAUGUGAAUUUCAUUCCACAAGGAGUUUUCAGAUGUUUGAGAAUGAGAUCAUCACCAAGUUAGACCACGAAGUAGAAGGAGGGAGAGGGGAUGAGCAGUACAAAGUGUUGUUUGAGAAGAUACUCCUGGAGCAUUGCAGGAAGCAUAAAUAUCUGGCCAAGAGCGGAGAGACCUUUGUUACGUUGGUUGUGCGACUGAUGGAGAGGCUCCUGGACUACAGGACUAUAAUGCACGAUGAGAACAAGGAGAACCGAAUGAGCUGCACGGUCAAUGUUUUGAAUUUCUACAAAGAGAUUGAGAGAGAAGAAAUGUAUAUUAGGUAUUUGUACAAGUUGUGUGACCUGCACAAGGAAUGUGAUAACUACACGGAGGCGGCGUACACGCUGCUACUACACGCCAAGCUUCUAAAGUGGUCGGAGGAGGCUUGUGCCGCACAUCUGACUCAACGGGACGGUUACCAGGCAACGACGCAAGGACAAUUAAAAGAACAGCUGUACCAAGAGAUUAUCCAUUACUUCGACAAAGGAAAGAUGUGGGAGGAAGCCAUCGCCCUGGGCAAAGAACUGGCAGAGCAAUAUGAAAAUGAAAUGUUCGACUAUGAACAGCUGAGUGAAUUACUGAAAAAACAAGCACAGUUUUUUGAAAGCAUCGUGAAAGUUAUCCGGCCAAAGCCUGACUACUUCGCCGUUGGAUAUUUCGGACAAGGAUUCCCCACGUUCAUUAGGAAUAAAGUCUUCAUUUACCGUGGUAAGGAAUAUGAGAGACGUGAAGACUUUGAGACUCGACUUUUAACUCAGUUUCCGAAUGCAGAAAAGAUGAAGACCACGUCACCACCUGGCGAUGACAUCAAGAAUUCUUCUGGACAGUACAUUCAGUGUUUCACGGUAAAACCAUUGCUUGAGCUGCCACCAAAGUUCAAGAAUAAACCUGUGUCGGAGCAGAUUUUAAGUUUCUACAGAAUUAAUGAGGUCGUUCGGUUCCAGUACUCGCGGCCAAUCAGAAAGGGGGAAAAAGAUCCUGAAAAUGAAUUUGCUAAUAUGUGGAUUGAGAGAACCACCUAUGCAACAGCCUACAAGCUUCCUGGGAUCCUGAGAUGGUUUGAAGUGAAAUCUGUGAAUACGGUGGAAAUAAGCCCAUUGGAGAAUGCCAUUGAGACCAUGCAGUUAACCAAUGAAAAAAUCAAUAACAUGGUGCAGCAGCACAUGAACGAUCCCAAUCUGCCCAUAAAUCCUCUGUCCUUACUACUCAAUGGGAUUGUGGACCCUGCAGUAAUGGGAGGAUUUGCAAAUUAUGAAAAGGCGUUUUUCACUGAGAAAUACAUGCAGGAGCACCCAGAGGACCUGGAUAAUAUUGAAAAAGUCAAGGACCUGAUUGCAUGGCAGGUUCCGUUUUUAGCGGAGGGAAUACGCAUCCAUGGUGAAAAAGUCACCGAAGCAUUGAGGCCUUUCCACGAGAGAAUGGAGGCUUGUUUCAAGCAGUUGAAAGAGAAAAUUGAGAAACAGUAUGGCGUCAGGACCCUGUCUUACAGCAUUGAUGAUAGACGGGGGAAUCGGCCCAGAUCUAUGGUUAGAUCGUUUACUAUGCCUUCACAAUCCAGGCCUUUAUCAGUUGUCUCUGUGUCCUCUGUGUCGUCAGACAGCACACCUUCAAGACCUGGCUCUGAUGGCUUUGUUCUUGAACCACUUUUGCCAAAGAAGAUGCAUUAUCGUUCUCAAGAUAAAUUGGACAGAGAUGAUCUCGAUAAGGACAGAAAAGAGAAAAAGAAGGAGAAGAGGAAUAGCAAGCACCAGGAGAUAUUUGAUAAGGAAUUUAAAACGGCCGACAUUGCAGCUCAGCAGUCCGAAGCUGUUAUACUGUCGGAAACAAUAAGCCCCUUAAGACCCCAGAGACCGAAGAGUCAAGUUCUCAAUACUGUUGUUGGCGACAGAAGAUUCUCCGUUUCCCCAAGUCAAACGUCUACCCAGCAGCCUCCACCGGUCACCCCUAGAAGUAAGCUGACCUUCAGCCACCCAAUAGGCAUGGAACAAAAUGGCGUCAAUGCUGCUGAACCAAUGGAUAUCCCUCCACCGCUACCACUCAAAAGUAGCACUGGAGACUAUGGCAAUGUCAUGGAUUACCAGGACUUCAUCCCGCCUGCUACACCCCCUCCUCCACCCCACAGGCACCUGCCACCUCCAUUACCCAGCAAGACACCACCUCCACCCCCUCCAAAGACCACGAGGAAGCAGGCAUCUGUGGACUCCGGGAUCAUGCAGUAGAACACGUGCCACCUUCACAACAUACGGCUCACUGCAGUUAUUGAUUCAGUAUUUACCUCAUUUGAGCCACAGUGUUUUUCCUUUUUUCCUUUUUGUGCAAUCACCGUAGAUGAAAGUCAUUUAGAUUAAGCAAAAAGAUAUAAAAAAAAAUACAAAAAAACAAACCAUUGAGCUACUGAGCUGUGGAUACUAAUUUAUGUAGUAAAAUACUAAGCAAGCAAUUUACAUACAGGAUUGG